UCACGUGAUUAGAUCCAACCUAACCUUGCAAUUAUCGACAGGACAGACGUUGUUUUCAAUUGUUGUUCGGCGUGUUUGUUUUGUGUUUUUAUUAAUUUUUUGCUAUAUUUUGCAUUGUAAUUUAAUGCAAACAAUCUAUAUUACCUUCGAAAAUCAAAGAUAAAAAUGUCUGACGACGAGGAAAUUUAUGUUAAAAAACAAAAAAUUGUUCAUUAUGGCUCAUUGGAGGAGACUGAACGAGCGAGAAUUGCAGCAGCGACAGCAGCCGCAGACGAUGGUUCUGAUGAUGAAAAAGAUGAUUCAACAACAAAUGAAAAUACAAAUAUUACAUUGUCAGCUGGAAAUGUACAUAUAUCAACUGAAUAUAUGGAAUUGGAGGAUGAAAUGUCAAAAGAUCGACAAGCACUUCUUGAGGAAUUUGAACGUCGUAAAAAAGCGCGACAAAUUAAUGUUUCAACAGACGAUUCAGAGGUGAAAAAGAAUCUUCGACAUUUAGGCGAACCAAUUUGUUUAUUUGGCGAGGGACCCGCUGAAAGACGUGCAAGAUUAAGGGAACUAUUGGCCAGUCUCGGCGAAGAUGCAAUUAAAAAGAAACACGAUGACGAGGAAAAACCAUCGCAACUCGUUGAAAAAGAUACAGAAACUUGGUAUCACGAGGGGCCCGAUUCACUUCAAAUUGCCCGUCAAUGGAUUGCAUCUUAUUCAUUGCCGAGAGCAAGGGCGAGACUCGAUAAUGCUAGACAGGAAUUGGAACUUCCCGGUGCAACACGUACGGCUCGACGUCAGGAAUUAUUGAAAAAAUUACAAGCGUUGAGCAUUUAUUGUUCGCAAAUUGGCGAUACAAGACCAAUUUCCUAUUGUCAAUUUAGUCCAAAUUCAAAAAUUCUUGCCACAGCUUCCUGGUCGGGAAGUUGUAAUUUAUGGUCUGUACCAGAGUGUAAUCAUUUGCGAACAUUGAAAGGUCAUAAUUGUAAUGUUGGAUGUAUUGUUUUUCAUCCAAAAGCAACGAUUGAGGAUGAUCCACUUGGCAACGAAAGUGAACAUGUUUGUGUAUUGGCCAGUUGUGCAUCUGAUGGUACUGUUAAAUUGUGGGGAGGUGGAACUGGAGAGAAACCAUUAGCUGAAGUUGAGGGUCAUGAACCAUUUCGAGUUUCAAGAAUAGCAUUUCAUCCAUCGGGAAGAUUUCUCGGCACUUGUUGUUAUGAUUCCUCAUGGAGACUUUGGGAUUUGGAACAACAAGCGGAAGUUUUACAUCAAGAGGGACACGCGAAACCUGUUCAUUGUAUCAGUUUUCAAUCUGACGGAAGUGUUGUGGCAACUGGCGGUCAAGAUUCAUUUGGCAGAGUAUGGGAUUUACGAACCGGUAGGUGUAUAAUGUUUAUGGAGGGUCAUUUAAAAUCAAUAUUUGGAAUAGACUUCUCGCCAAAUGGUUUUCAUGUGGCCACUGGAAGUGAGGAUAAUACAUGUAAAAUUUGGGAUCUUCGUAAACGUUCGUGCAUUUAUACAAUUCCUGCGCACACAAGUUUAUUGUCUGAUGUGAAAUAUCAAAAAGUCGAGGGACAAUAUCUAGUCACUAGCUCAUAUGAUGGUACGGCGAAAAUAUGGUCCAACAAAACAUGGCAACCAUUAAAAACAUUACCAGGACAUGAUGGAAAAGUAAUGUCCGCUGAUGUAUCAACGGAUAAUCAAUUCAUCGCCACAAGUUCAUUUGAUAGGACUUUUAAAUUAUGGGCACCGGAAGCAGUGUAAAUUUUUUUUCGAGAAACAGACAGUAUUUUCUAGACGAAAAUUUCUUUUAAAUAUUUUUUUUUUUAAAAAUGGUGAUCACUUUUUUUUGUGUCUGAAUUCGCGAAUUAUUUUUCUUUUUUUAGCGGGAAAACAGUGAAUAAAUUGAAAUACGGGAAUUUCAGAAAAAAAAUAAUCGAAUUGUAAAUAAUGGACAUUUUUUUUGCAUUUUGAGUGGAGAAAAACAAAAAGAAUAUACGCUACUGAUUUAUUUAUAUCGGAGGUCAUUCAACGGAAAGCUGAUAUAUCAUUUAUUUGCAAUAAAACUGGGCGCAGAUUCAGUUGUAAUCUA